AUGGCAACCAGAGUAAUUCCAACGCGCGGUGGUGGUCAAGGUAAACCCGCUUCAGCCACUGGACUGCCUAACCAAACUUUGUAUUGUACCAAUCUCCCAGACAAGCUGCGCAAGCAUGACCUACGGUUAUCCCUCUAUAUGCUUUUUUCAACCUACGGCACCGUUCUCGAUGUUGUCGCCAUGAAGACCCAAAAGAUGCGCGGCCAGGCCCAUAUUGUUUUUAAAGAUGUCCAGGCUAGCACACAGGCUAUGCGGGCCCUCCAGGGCUUUGAGUUCUUCGGCAAACAAAUGAAAAUUGUGUAUGCUAAAGGUCCCUCGGACGUCAUUGCCCGGCUGCGCGGAACGUAUAAUGUGCCCACUACAACACCUGCCGGUCAAACCACGGGAGCAUCCACAGAGCUCCAGAAAUCGAUUUUUAGCGGGCCCCCAGGAUCGGCGGCUUUGCCGUCGAAGCCCAGCGGAGAAGUCAAUGGAGAAGCUCAAGCAGGCCAAGGUGUCAAACGGCCUCGUGAGGAAGAGAGCGACGAAGAGGAAGCCCCUAUGGACGAGGACAGUGAUGUGCCAAUGGAAGCUUCAUCGGAUGAAGAUUAA